AUGGCGAGCAGCAUUAAGAUCGACCAGGAAUCCUCGCUGUCAGCGCGGGAGAGGUUCGAUGUGGUACAGAGGCUGCAGGCCGGGACACCGAUCGGCCGGAUAGCUGGUGAGUUUGACAUUCACCCCACCACCGCGCGCCGCAUCAGGCGGAACGCAGUAACGGUAUGCCAACCGGCUGAACAGAAGGAUAUAAUGUGGAUGCGGGAAAGCACACGGAAGCCAGGCGACGAGGAUGUGGACUUGCGGCUGUACUCCUGGUACACGGAGCAAAACGCGGCCAGCCCGUCGGUCACGGACUCUUUGCUUUGGGAAAAAGCGGUACAGCUACAAAAGGAGCUCGGCGGGCCGACGAUCAGCAGAGGCUGGCUCACGAAUUUCAAGGAACGCCAUAGUAUAAACCUCGACGAUCAGGCGGGAAAUUCAAACUCCUAUACAGAGGUGUAUGUGAAAGAGGAGGUAAUGCUGGACGAAAUAACGGACCUAGACACACCGGUAGAUGGGAAUCUACCAAUCGAAGUACAUCCAGAAGAAUUUUUGAAAGACCUUACCGAGCGACUCAAUGGCGUAACAAGGAAGAACGUUUAUUAUAUGAAAAACACGUUUCUAGCGUGGAAAGCGUUCCCCACGAAGCUCUUAGAACAGUGCCAAAGGAAGAAGAGCAAAGGCGCGAAAUUCAAAAGCGACCGAGUAACCGUCAGCCUGUGUUGCAAUGUGUCCGGUUGUCGUAAGCUUGAACCCUUGUUUAUUUACAGAAUCGAGAAGCCGAAAGCGUUGAAGCAUUGCAGGGACAGGUUGCCUGUGCUUUUUAAGAGCCAGCCGGAAGCGCGUAUGGAUCGUGCGACGUUUCUUGACUGGUACGAGAAUCAUUUUAAACCGACCGUGAAGAUACUUCAGUUCCCUGAUAACGUCGGUAAAGUUGUUCUACUGCUGGAGGACGAUCAGAGGCAGAGUUUAGGGUUACCUAGAGAUUUUGGGCAGGCUGAUGACAUUCAGAUUAUGUUCUUCCCCGUAGCCGGUGCCUCGCUCUUGCAACCCCUCGAGCAAGAGGUAGCCGAAAAGACUAAACGGUCCUACCGGCUGAAAAUGUUGGGCCGUGUUUUAAACUUUCCGGGCGGUGUACGAAAAUUUUACUUCGACUAUGAUCUCAAAGAUUGUAUUGAUCUGUUCGCCGAAGCGUGGACUGAAGUUAGCGCCGCAACCGUUGAACAAGCCUGGAAUCGGAUCAUCAACAAAAUCCCUGAUGUUGUUCCGAUAAAAGAGGAGCCGGUUGAUCCUUUGGAACCCAAUCUACAGGACAUCAUUGGCGUCAUCUCUGGGGAGCAACAACCUAAAGAGUCUGUCAAUGAAUUUUUAUACCGAUGCGAGGAAGCGGAAAAGAAUUUCAUGAAGUACGAUGAAACGAGGAAUGACGACGACGACGAUGACGAUGAUAAUUACGACGACGAUAGCGAUGAAGACAUGGACGAGUUCGAUAGUGAAACUAAAGUACCCACUGAACAAGUAAUGAAGAAAGCGUUCGACACUCUCUUGAGAUGGUCGAAACUGCAACCACAGUAUAUUCAGCUCCAAGUCGAAUACUUGAAGAAUUAUUAUGAAAGUACUAUUAGUAACAAAUAA